AUGAGUAAGAAUUUCUCUGGGAAUACUUUAAUUUGUGCUGAAACUUAUUUUUUCAACGAUAAUCAGCCCAUUUUGAGACACUAACUUAGUGGUGACAAACAACGCAAGUAAAGCGAUCAUCCUUAUUGCAGCAGCCCGACGGAUAGUGUCAAUUCAUCAGGAAACAACAAUCUUCGCAAAUAUUCUUGUGAGCCAAUCGAUUUUAGAGUUAAGUUCAAAACUGAGAUUUGUAAAUACUGGAAGAACACAGGCCAUUGCCACUUUAGCGAUAGUUGCGCCUUUGCUCAUGGAUAUCACGAAGUAAGAGAAAAAACUCAUCUCCCCAACAACUACCGAACUAAAAAGUGCAAAAAUUUUCACGAAAUAGGAUUUUGCCUAUAUGGCGAGCGCUGCCAAUUCCUUCACACAGUACAUAAGAAACCAAAUAAUUUUGCUAAGUUGAACCUAUCAUUUUCUUCUACAUCUUCUAAAUAUGCAAAUGUACUUGAAAACAUUUCAGAACACUGGAAUGAGUAGACUGGUUCUCUUUCACCAUCUCACUCAAUUUAAAGACUUAAAACAUUUGAGUUGCUAACUUCUGGCUAUGAAGAUUUCGAAGAAGCUUUGAGUGAAUACUACACAAACAAGAGUGUUUCUGAUACUUCUUCAGAUAUUUGA